AUGUUACCAAGCUCAUUGAUCAGCGUGUAUCGAGAAUAUAAGAAGGAUACCGAUUCAGUUGCUUCAUGGCUUGCAUCUACUGCCAAAAGGUGCGGCUAUCCCGCCGAUUUGCUCUCAUCUGGCGAUCCUGAAUCUGGAGCAGGCGGGCGGCUGAAAGGGAAGCCUAGGAAGAGGGGGAAAAGGAAGGGCAAAGUACCAGCCGCCCCUGCUCAAAAGACAGGUCACAAACACAUCAUCGCCAUGCAAGACUUUAUUCCUCUGGCAGAAUUUAUCUUUGCAGCCCAGAAACCCUUAAUCUCGGUCCCCGAUUCCUUCUCCAAGACGAUCAACAGGGUUAUCGCUGUGAGAUCUAGCUUUGGGACUCAAUUGAGCGAGCAUGGGCUAGAGACUACCCCCGAUUUAGACUUUAAGCACUCGUACUUCGUUGGCAUUCUCGAAAAAGUUCGAGAGGUUCUUAAGCCUCGGAUGUCGGCAGAAACUAUGACCUCUUCAUCUAAUUCGAUCGAGACUAUGGCCACCCAGUUCAGCUGCCUCAAGGUCUAUGAACCAUCCCAAGACUCCCUGGAUGCGCCUGACAUUGAACGGCCAGCGAAAUCCACCGAGGACAACACCGUUUAUGAAGCCGAACCACAGAACACAUUUGAAGAUGCUAUCAUGGCUUUCGCUAUGAUGUUAGAUGAAUUGACUAAAAUCCGGUCGCGCAUUGAAUGGAUUUGGACAAACCACCGCGACGGUCACUUUGAGCUCGCCACUGCCGCAAUGGCAACCAACACAGCCAUCGACCUCGCAAAUGACCUCAUGGAAGAGGUUUUGCCUGUAUUCAAAGAUCAUGGGGGGGCUUUCGCUGUCUGUGAGAAGUUCUUUUUCCUGCGCACCCAUGAGAAACGGGGUUCUGCUAGGGAAGAGAUGGUGGCUUGGGUUCAAGGAGCCACACAACACGACUUCUACGACGUUGCUGAUGAGACCUACUUCAAUGCCGGCCGCCUGAUGGAGAGUUUCGCAAAGGUUCUCUCCCCACGCCAUCUACCCAUCUACAGAGAGGGAAUGUUUGGCACCUACGAUCCUGAAAGCAAUAGGGAUGCGAAGACAGGGCACGAAAAGUUCUACGAGGACAAGAUAAUUCUGGCAGAAUUCUUCUCAGAAGCAGUUUCCCUUGCUCGUCUCGUCCCUGACUAUCCCGUGCAAGAUAACUUUAUUCGUGGAAUAAAGGAACUGGACAAGGCGCAGGAAGUCUCUUUCCUACUUAUCUUCGCGGCACAAAUUCUCCUCGAUAUCCGUCAUAUCCUGAGAGGCCAUGCGGCAGAUGUGGCCCGUACUGUGUUACAGGAAGCGACGGCCAUUGGCAAUCUUAUCGAUGGUCAUUUCGAUUAUCACAAGACUUUGAGAAUCGCCACCUGGCCCCAGUCCAAUGAUGACGUGCUUCGGUCGUUUCGCCAAUCCAUCACCUGGUUCGUCCUUGAUCCUGUCCACGACGCCAAAGAGAAGGUUUUGGGGAGGUCUAAUACCUUGCAAUCGAGUGAGAAACAUCGAAUUAUUGAGUUUUCUCCGAUUCUAGGUGGGUUGGCGUUGUAUCACUUCCGUGCCGGCAUGUAUGAUGUUGGAAUCGCUAUGUCCAACGCAUGGGGAUUAAUUACGUAUUCGGCUCAUCUCUACAACGCUCUUCAGGGGGAGAGAUUACUGAAAAAUUUAUGGGUGGACAUGGAGGUCGUUCUCACUACUCUCGGAGACUCAAACUUUUUCGUUGGAAAGAGGCCACAAAACCCAGCCGACUACCUCAAGCGGAACGAAGACAUUUCAUCCCGGGCUGGACCGCGCGGGAUCCAGGACGGAGCCCCUGUUUCCAGCAUGUUUAUAGAGAGAUACCUGAGAAAAGGGGCACAAGUUGACUGGACACCAGAAUACGUCGACAAUAUCAUCUCACGCAGCCAAUAUGAAGUGGAGAGCUCGAACGAGGAUGGCUUGGUUCUAGCUCAAAUUGAUGAUGCAGACAAGUUGAAAGAGAAGAGACGCGCACAUAAAGAAAAUUCCAGGAAGAGAAGGCGAAAUGUUUCUGAGGGUGGUCGACUAUCUCCCGAGCAGCUUAUUAAGUCGUUUGCAUUGUCAAUGCAAGCCGAAGCUCUCGAAUUCGCCUUCCCCUACAUGCUCAUGCAUCAAAGGAGCUGGAGGUUCCUGAUGGUCGUCAAAGAUGCAUGUGACCUCAUUUUGCGCAAUUCCUUUAGCCCGACAUACCUGGAACGCGAGAGCGAACUCCCGACUGUAGUCGGAUACAUUUUUAUGUUGGCUGCUGGCGUUCAUAGUCCCAAAGAUGAUACGGGACUACGCAGGGCAGCUGAAGUCGUCGAGGAAAUGAUAGCGGCUGACGCGGGGAGGUUCGUCGCGGCUAUGAUGAAAAAGAUCAGCGGCUUCACCGUAGAGAUUGAAGAGGAGAAAUGAACCCAAGGCAGAGGGAGGAAAAUGGUUUGCGUUGUGAUAUGAAUGUUGUGCGAAUUGAACCAAGGAAAAUUAGGG